UUUUUUUAAGACAUGUGACAAUUAGAUCCCCUUUUUUUAUGAGAGAAUCGAUGGUGACUCAAUUGCUUCUCUACCUUCUUCUUCAACACUCUCUCUCUCUCUACAGAUACAUCGAUUUGUCCGCUCACACUGAGUAUCUACCUCACAUGACUGGUUGAGAAAUGGAAAAUAUGUCGUAUGUAUUGUUGACAGAUGAUCAGCACUUUCUUCUAUACCUGAUCAUGGGAGCCUAUUUCGCCCCUGAUCUCAAGGAAGGAAGCCCCCUGAAGUCUGCUUUACAAAGACGUGCUGAAGGCCUCGGAGAAUACCUUGCAAAUGACUUAGCAAGCUCGCGGAUAAACACAACUGUAAUGGAGAAUGUCUAUUAUUAUGUGCUGCGAAAGGCAGAACCAUCCGUUGUUGUUAAGCAGUCUAUGCUGCUUGAUUAUAUUCACGGAAGUGUUCCAAUUACACUGGAAGGUUCCGUGAUGCACCUUCAGUUUGAUGAUCUCUUUCCUCCCAUGCUACACCACCGAUCUGAAUGUAUGGAUCAACACAGCACUAUUGAUAGCAUUGUCUUGAUAAGCAACCCCCAAAUGAGUUACCUGAAGCCAUGUGAUCUUGAAAGGUUUAAGAGGCUCACGGGUUUGGAAGAUCUUCAUCUGGAUUGCAAGACUUUAGUGCCACACAUAAGUGUGGAUGACAGUGCUUUACGUAAUACAAUGCAGCAAGACAAUGUUCAACCUCUAGAUUACAUUCCCGGCGCUGAGACAUAUCCUGACGGUAAUAAACCAUCCGAUUCUACAAUGCAUUUUAGCUAUUCUUCAUGUGAUGUUAUACUCACCCUUGUGUCACGUGGUUCCACAGAGUUAUCGCAAAUUACUGCUAGUUCCGGGAAAGAAAUCGAUCAGGGGAUGUUAUUCCUUCCCUCUUGCCCUACUAAGGAAGAGUGGAGCAACCUCGUUUCUUCAAUUAAUGGUGGUUUUGCUCUGACUGGAAGUGCUGCAAGAGGUCAUCUCGGACCAGUUCUAGGAUUGAUCGAUAUUGGGGAAGCCACGGAUUCCUAUCUAUUCCGUGUCUCUCUUCCCGGGGUAAAAAGGGAUGCAAAUGAAUUUAGCUGUGAAGUUGGGAGUGACGGUGCAGUGAUUAUCAAAGGAGUGACAGUGACAGGUGAAAGAGUAGUGGAGAAAUACGCCCAAGUAUUCGAGAUGCGAAGUCAGAAUCUUUGCCCACCCGGCCCCUUCUGCAUCUCUUUCAGGCUGCCUGGUCCAGUCGACCCUCAGCAAUUCCAUGGAACUUUUGCCACGGAUGGGAUUCUCGAGGGAAUAGCACUCAAAGCAAGGAGAUACGCAGGUUAAUCAGACGCAUUCCUAAUCACCAUCUUUUGUGUUUGACUCAGAGAAACUUGUCGAUGAGAGUGCCAUUUUGGGACAUGUUUUUGGUGCCAUCGGAAUGGUGGUCCGUGGUGGCUCGCUCAAUAUUUCGCGCAGUCUUGCAUCGAUGUUGCCUAAUCAGGUUUGCCCGCCCCUACCCUAACCUAACCAAAUCUUACAACAUUGUGUCAAAGUGUAGUGUUGGAUAAUCAUUCAUUUUGGUUGCGGGGACUUCAUGUUCUAAUGUAUCAUGGCAAAUUGCACAAGUUGCAUCGUAAA